UUUUUUUUAUUUUUAUUUAUUUAUUUAUUUUAUUUUAUUAAUCAUAUCUCUUUUAUAUAUAUAUAUUCUUUUUCUUUCAAUAAGUUGAAAUUGUAUAAUUGAUUUUGAUUGACUGCCUGACUUUGAAAACGCGAUUUUAUUUAUUUUUUUUUUCCUUUCACUGUGGAUGUUUUUUUUUCCCCCAGUCUCUUUCUCUCCCUCUCUCUUUAUAUAUAUAUAUCCCUUUUUUACUUUUUAAAAUUUUCUAUUUAUCACAUUAUAUAAAAAGUAAAUAUAGAAAAAAAAAAACAGAUCAUGGAAACUGCAACACAACAACAACAACAACAACGAAGAAAAUCAGUGACAAAACAACCUAAUAUAACUGGAUCAGAAACAUCUUUUAACCAUUCAUCUACAUCUAAUAAAAAAUCACUGGAACAACUUAUUGGUCGACGCAUCAAAAUCAAAACUAACUUGAAUGAAGAAAUUGAAGGCUUGAUAUACACAUAUGAUCGUAUUACCAAUUGUAUUGCACUUGAUUGUUCAAUAGGUUCACGCCAUUCUCGUAAAAGUCUAUCGUUCCGUAUACUCAAGAUUUCUCAUAUCAAGGAACUCAUUACAGUAGCAUCCGAUGAAGCUUCUGCACCAUUACAAGAUCCUGCUGUGGCUCAUACAAGUAAAUUGACUAGCUACCUUCCUGUCAAUCAUGUCCAUCUUGAUCGUCUUGCUGCUCGUGAAGCUGAUACUGUCAAAGGUGUAAGGCAGCAAGUCGCCAAACUUGGAGUUGGUGUCACCAAAGAAGCUCAAGAUAUUUUUGAUGCACUUACCAAAACUUUACCUUGUCGUUGGUCCAAUGAUACAAUUGUCGUUAUGGAUGAAGUCAUCAUCACUCCUCCUUAUGGUAUUGAAAAUUGUAAGGCAAACGCUUCAUCUGCUGCCUCUCUUGCCCGUGUGAAAAAAGUGUUGGAAGGGGAAAGAAGACGAUUGAAAAAAUAGGAUUAGUUUUUGGAUGGAAAGGUCAAAGUGUUAGAUAUUCUUUUUUUUUUUUGAAAUAAAGGAUGAUGACUAUGAUUUGAUUGUUA